AUGUUGUACAAAUCACAAUCCAUUUCGAUCGACGGAAAUACAAAAUCGACCGUUCGGCGAUCUAGAUCUGCCCCUGUUAACCGACGCACAAGUAUCAAAAAACUUUUGAGCAAUUCCGAGGAUAGCCUACAAGAUGUCGGAGACUUCGAGGUAAUUGAUGAAAGAAACUAUUUCCGCAGUGAGUCGAGGCUAAUUUGCGCCUCGAGAAGGACGAGCAAGAGUCUAAUUCUCGUUCAGCGUCUCACGAACGAGGACAGUGAUCAAGAUGACGAGUUUUUUGCCAACACAGAGGAUGGAGGAUACCAUCAGCCUCUGACCAUCGAACCCGUGGUUCGAUCAGAGCUAAAAACGACGGUAGCAGUGGCUGGAAGAAAGAAGUUCAAGUUCCCGUUUAGAAGAAGCCUUUUUUCCCACGUGCCACCCUAUAUCUUCUUCCACUGCGACAACUGCACGUGUUCGCCGCUACCGAAAUCAGUCUCAAAGCACAUGAAGUGGCAGCUGAAUCCCUGCACACCGCAGAUCGUACGCCGAAUCGCGGAGGCUUCCGGCUUCCGCGUGGUUUCCUGCGACCCCCGGGACUCGGACUCGUGGUGCGGUAACUGGGACCACUUGUUCCCGAAGAAUCACGAGCGCCUCCGCUGGUACCAGAAGGUAAACCACUUUCCUGGGACCAACAAACUCGGGCACAAGGACCAGCUCUGGGCAAGCAUCAGCGAGAUGAUAAAGAAGUUUGGAAAGCGGCACUUUGGCUUCAUGCCACUGUCCUUCGUCCUGCCCCGAGAUAAGCGACGGCUGAUGGUCACCUGGAAGCGGAACGACGGAACCAAGUGGAUCAUCAAGCCGCCAAGCUCGGCACGUGGCACGGGAGUCCACGUGGUCCACCAGUGGUGGGAAGUGCCGGUGAACUCGUACCUCGUGGUCCAGCGGUACUUGGCCAAGCCAAGGCUGAUAGACGGGGCAAAGUUCGACCUGAGAAUCUACGUGCUGGUGACGAGCUUCGAUCCCCUGAGAGCGUACCUCUACUCUGACGGGCUGGUCAGGAUAGCGACGACGAAAUACGACCAGGACGCCAAGCACCACAAGAACCGUUUCAUGCACCUGACAAACACCAGUGUGAAUAAGUACAGCAAGGCCUACCAGCUGAGUCCAAACGUGAACACAGCCACUGGCCAUUUGUGGUCGCUAAAAAGUCUGUGGUCGCUUUUGGAACGAGAAUCGGUUAACGUCCCCAAGCUGUGGUCUGAGAUGAAGGACAUUGUGGUGAAAACGUUGAUAGCCACCGACGGUGCAGUCGGUCCCGUCAUCCAGAGGACCUUGACCUCUCGGUACACGUGCUUCGAGCUCUUUGGCUUCGAUAUCCUCAUCGAAGAGAACUGUAGGCCCUGGCUGCUGGAGGUCAACACAGCGCCGUCCCUUCACACGGACUCCGCCGUCCACAAAGCCGUGAAGGGACCGUUGAUCAGGACGCUCUUCAACAUCGCUGGAUUCCAGCUGAACCCCAGAGUCCCUGAAUCAGUCCUGAAGGAACUGUCCAGUCGAUACGAUCUGGCUGGCUCUGUCUGUCAGAACUUUCAUCUGAGCGACAAAACCCUCACGCAUCAAGCAACGCGGAAGCAGUUUAACUACAUGUACCGUAACUCCAGGGACGAGUAUCUCGACACCAUAUUGCAGGACCUUACAUCCGACGAUAUCCGCAACCUGAUUACUUUCGAGGACGAACUCACCCAACUCGAGCUGUUCGAAAAGAUAUUCCCAACUAACCAGAGUCACAAGUACCUUAAGUACUUUACCAAGCCAAAGUACUACGACAUGCUUCUCGACGCUUGGGAGCACCGCUACGGAUCCUGCAGGACACUCGGCGUUCGCAGGCUCCAGGAUAUGUGCAGGGAAAAGCGUCACCUGAUGCCUUGA